CAAACAUUUUCUGACCCCUCCUUUUAGUGUCGCCCUCGAAAAUGUCGACAAGAGUGCAAAAAGUCUUGCCCCGUCGUUCGCAGCGGAAAACUCUGCAUUGAGGUCCAGCCCGACUCUAAGCUGGCAUUCAUCUCCGAGUCCCUCUGUAUCGGUUGCGGUAUCUGCCCCAAGAAGUGCCCUUUUGACGCCAUCACCAUCAUCAACUUGCCCACCAACCUCGAAAGCCAGGUCACCCACCGAUAUGGACCCAACAGUUUCAAGCUGCACCGUCUGCCCAUGCCCCGACCCGGCCAGGUUCUUGGUUUGGUCGGAACAAACGGUAUUGGAAAGAGUACCGCUCUGAAGAUUCUUAGUGGAAAGCUCAAGCCCAACUUGGGCCGACACGACAACCCUCCUGAUUGGGAGGACGUUAUCAAGCACUUUCGCGGUUCCGAGCUUCAGAACUACUUCACCAAGCUCCUCGAAGAUGACCUCAAGGCAGUUGUCAAGCCUCAGUACGUCGACCAGAUCCCCAGGGCGGUCAGGGGCCCCAACAAGAGUGUCCGCUUCCUUAUCGAGAGUCGUGCCUCGCUUGGAAAUAUGGAGCAGGUUGCCAAUGUUCUCGAGCUGAACCACAUCAUGGACCGAGAUAUCAACCACCUUUCUGGUGGUGAGCUUCAGCGUUUCGCUAUCGGAACCGUUGCCGUCCAGAAUUCUGACAUCUACAUGUUUGACGAACCAAGUUCAUACCUUGAUGUCAAGCAGCGUCUGAGUGCUGCUCUGAUCAUUCGCUCCCUCCUCCGUGACAACGACUAUGUCAUUGUUGUCGAGCACGAUCUGUCUGUUUUGGAUUACCUCUCUGACUAUAUCUGUGUUCUGUACGGAAAGCCCGCCGUCUAUGGUGUUGUCACCCUCCCGCACUCCGUCCGUGAAGGCAUCAACAUCUUCCUUGACGGUCACAUCCCGACUGAGAACUUGCGAUUCCGCGACGAGUCUUUGACUUUCCGUAUUGCGGAGACUACCGAUGAUUUCGCUAUCGACAAAUCUCGUGCCUUUACCUACCCUAAGAUGGAGAAGACUCUCGGCAGCUUCAAGCUCAACAUCGAGGCUGGUGACUUCACCGAUUCCGAGAUCAUCGUCAUGAUGGGUGAGAACGGUACUGGAAAGACCACAUUCUGCCGCCUCUUGGCUGGAGCCCUCAAGCCUGAUAGUCAGAAAAGCGUCCCUGAGAUGCGAAUCAGCAUGAAGCCUCAGACUAUCACCCCCAAGUUCGAUGGCACUGUCCGCCAGCUUUUCUUCAAGAAGAUCAAGCAGUCUUUCCUGUCUCCGCAGUUUCAGACCGACGUCGUUAAGCCUCUCAAGCUCGAUGAUUUCAUUGAUCAGGAAGUCAAGAACCUUUCUGGUGGUGAACUGCAGCGUGUUGCCAUCGUCCUUGCCCUGGGUAUCCCUGCGGACAUUUAUCUGAUCGAUGAGCCGUCGGCCUAUCUCGACUCUGAGCAGCGUAUCAUUGCCUCACGAGUCAUCAAGCGAUUCAUCAUGCAUUCCAAGAAGACUGCUUUCAUUGUUGAGCACGAUUUCAUCAUGGCCACGUACCUUGCCGACCGUGUCAUUGUAUUCGACGGACAGCCUGGUAUUGAUGCUCAUGCCAACAAGCCCGAAUCUCUCCUUACCGGCUGCAACACCUUCUUGAAGAACCUCGACGUCACUUUCCGUCGCGAUCCCACCAACUACCGCCCCCGUAUCAAUAAGAGCGGAUCUCAGCUCGACCAAGAGCAGAAGAUGAGCGGCAAUUUCUUCUUCUUGGAGGAGACCCCUGAUAAGAGCUAAAGGCGUCCAUAACGAGAUUUUCCCUUCUCUCGAUGGUGCAUCUCACGGCGUUUGGGGCGUUCAAAAUGGAAAUGGGCAAAAGCAGCGAGUCUUGGGAAUAGAUGAUGACCGCAGCGUCAGCGAGGAUGACGACCCAGAUGAAUAACGACGGUGACGGCAGAGUGUCUCCUCUUGUCUGGUCCUACGAAGCCUUCGUUUUUAUCUGGUUUUCUGUCUUGACGGGUACUCGAGGUGUUUGGAAUUCUCGGGAACUUCUCUGUCAACGGCAAAUGGCUUGCUUCGUAGAUUGAGGGACAAUUGAUGUAUUAGGAUCUCUGCCGUCCACGGUUUCCCACCUCGCGGGAAACAAUUGACAUUAUUAGAACGGCCGUUAGUUAGUCUUGCAAUAGUUUCAAUUACACAGACAUUGGAUCGUAUAGCAAAAGCUAUG